AUGCCUACCAAAUUUCUUCGAGUGAAAACCGGAUGGUACCUAUUCCUUUCCUCACACCAUGGUUGGCAGACGGAUACUCAGACCGCCGUUGCUAAUGCAGAAGCGGCCCCAUCCAGCUUGACUUGUCGCACCCGUCGUAUCAAAUGCGACGAGGAACGUCCCAUCUGCCGGAAUUGUGCCAAGGGCGAUCGGUCCUGCCGUUACAACCUCAGUUCGCCUAAGGACUCACCCUCGGCUGGUGCUGGAAGCCAUGCGAGUCAUCAAAGGCCCAAUCUCAAUGGCCCAACAGCCCCUAUUCCCAAUUUAUUCGGCAACACGCCUCCACCAGCACAUAAUACUGUACAACUAAUUCCUCGCGGCUCUCCUCCAGUCCUGAUCACAUCAACUCAACGUCCAGCUCGAUCACCCUGGCUCACAGAAUACACAGCUCUGCAACCCCCACCACAUCCCUCCGCACAUCCCGUAGCCAAUCUAAGUACUGUACUUCAGAAUGCAACGACUCAAGAAGUUCCACAUUCCCCGGAUCGUGAGGGACGCGACAUCUCCAGCCCUCCUACACCGACGCGUGCGUCGACUCUUUCAGAACCAGUGAGCGAUGGGGAUUCUAUACCCACCCCUUUUCGCGUGCCAGAUCCUAUUCAACUCUCUGACGUUGAGCUACUGCUCUUUCGCAAUUUCGUUGACAGAAUUUCAAAAUGGGUCGACUCUUUCUCCCAUGACCAGCCAUUCUAUUGUCAGGUACCAUCCAUGGCCUUGCACUGCCCCAUGCUGCUUCACUCCUGUCUUGCAGCCUCGGCCAAGCAGUUGAGCAGGGUCCCUUCUCACGGCAACACGUCGGUGCAGGAGAAAUACUCUCUCUUUUAUUACCAGCAGGCACUCCGGGAGAUGGGCUCUUUUCUAGUCGAACCCCGCUACUCAGGCAGCGAUGAGCUUCUCGCCUCCAGUAUUAUUCUAUCUACAUACGAGAUCAUCGACGUAGCCGGCGAGAGCUUCGGCUCUCACCUAAAAGGCAUAGCAAGCUUGAUCCAAUCCCACGGCAUCCACGGAGACGAAUCCGGCAUCCGAGGCGCAACAUACUGGACUUGGUACCGACACGAAGUCUGGGCAGCGUUCCAGAGCGGUCGCCGCAUGUUCCUAGACGAGAGCUACUGGCGACCCAAACCGCUCGCCAGCUUCGCACAUAUCUCGAUGCGUGAAAUCGCAAACCGGGUCCUAUUCAUCUUCGGCCAAUGCAUCACAUACUACGUUCUCAAAACUGACGAAACCACCCAUUCCAACAAGUGGCUCCACAUCGAGAAGGAACUACUAUCCUCCGAGCUGAACCGAGCCCUAGAAGACUGGAAAGAGAAACUCCCACCAUCCAUGAAGCCCUUUUGCUCCCGAGACCCCGGACCCCAAGCAACGGAUACAAUCGAGCGGGACCUAUCAUACAUGUUCCCCUUUGUUUGGUUCGCCUAUCCCGAAAGUGCAAUCUCCCACCAACUCUACCACGCCUCUAAAAUCCUGCUUCUCCUAAACAGUCCUUGUGCGUCAACUACCGAUCCACUCCAGGCACGUCGCGAGCUAGAGAAAUCAAGAAAGGAAGUCCUCACGAUAGCCAACUCUGGCAUCAACGAAGCAUGGGGUCUCAUAUCCACUCAGUGUUUGUAUAUUGCUGGUCUAGUCACAGAGGGUAUCUUAGAAAGACGCCGCACGAUUGAGCUGAUCGAAGCUUGUCAGACGAAGACGGGACGACAUACGACCUGUAUCUCGGACCAGCUGCGCAAAUUUUGGACUAAAUGAUAUGCUUCGGCUUAUUAGAGUCCUGUGAGACAUGACAACUUAAUCUGACUAAUCAGAAUGGUUCAUCGCUCCAGUAGGCAACUAUCAAAUUGUUCAAGGGAUGCUCCCGGCCAACAUAUCAGGUGGUUGACAUACUUGGGAUAGAACUUUGGGGAAGCAUCAAUAGACUAGAACAGUGUUGAGGAAU